AUGAAAGACCUCAACAUCUCGUACGUCCGCAUCAAUGAGUUCGACUGGGCCGUCUUGGAGCCGGAGGAAGGCAUGUACGACUGCUCUCUGCUUGAUAAAACAAUUGAGCUCCUGGGACGGUACGAUUUGAAGGCCGUCAUUGGCACACCAACCGCCUCCCCUCCGGAAUGGCUUGUCAACAACUACCCGAGUACCAUGUUCGUCGACGUCACCAACACCACCUAUACCUUCGGCUCUCGCAGAUACUACAGCUUCAGUUCAUUUUCGUAUCGCGAGCUGAGCCAGAACAUCACGCAUGCUCUUGCCAAACGCUACGGGCGCAAUCCGACGGUCGUGGCAUGGCAGCUGGACAACGAGUUUGGGUGUCACGGCACGGUGCGGACGUACGACCCAGAUGCUGUUAAGCGAGGUUACCUUUAA